GCGCGCGGGCCGGGGAGCUCCGCGGCCGGCCGACGCCCCGACGGCGGCGGGAUGCUGGCGCUUCUGGCCGCCGGCCUGGCGCUCGCCCUGGCCGCCGGCGCCCAGGACGGCCCGGCUCCCGGCGCUCGCUUCGUGUGCACCGCGCUGCCCCCGGAGGCGGCGCGCGCCGGCUGCCCGCUGCCCGCGAUGCCCAUGCAGGGUGGCGCGCUGAGCCCCGAGGACGAGCUGCGGGCCGCGGUGCUGCAGCUGCGCGAGACCGUCGUGCAGCAGAAGGAGACCCUGGGCGCUCAGCGCGAGUCCAUCCGCGAGCUCACCGCCAAGCUGGCGCGCUGCGAGGGGCUGGCGGGCAAGGCGUCGGCCAAGGGGCCCGCGGGCAAGGACACCAUGGGCGACCUGCCCCGGGACCCCGGCCACGUCGUGGAACAGCUCAGCCGCUCGCUGCAGACCCUCAAGGACCGCCUGGAGAGCCUCGAGCACCAGCUCCGGGCCAAUGCUUCCGGUACCCCACUGCCUGGGGAAUUCCGAGAGGUGCUCCAGCAGCGACUGGGCGAAUUGGAGAGGCAGCUACUGCGCAAAGUGGCCGAGUUGGAGGACGAGAAGUCACUGCUGCACAAUGAGACGGCAGCGCACAGGCUGAAGACAGAGAGCACGCUGAGCGCCCUGCUGCAGAGAGUGGCCGAGCUGGAGCGCGGCAACAGUGCCUUCAAGUCCCCGGAUGCAUUCAAGGUGUCCCUCCCGCUGCGAACCAACUACCUGUAUGGCAAGGUGCGGAAGACGCUGCCCGAGCUGUACGCCUUCACCAUCUGCCUGUGGCUGCGCUCCAGCGCCUCGCCGGGCAUCGGGACCCCUUUCUCCUAUGCGGUACCCGGGCAGGCCAACGAGAUUGUGCUGAUCGAGUGGGGCAACAACCCCAUCGAGCUGCUCAUCAACGACAAGGUGGCUCAGCUGCCCCUGUUUGUCAGCGACGGCAAGUGGCACCACGUCUGUAUCACGUGGACGACGCGGGACGGGCUAUGGGAGGCCUUCCAGGAUGGCGAGAAGCUGGGCACAGGAGAGAACCUGGCACCCUGGCACCCCAUCAAGCCAGGGGGCGUGCUGAUCCUUGGGCAGGAGCAGGACACCGUGGGGGGCAGGUUCGAUGCCACGCAGGCAUUCGUGGGGGAGCUCAGCCAGUUCAACAUCUGGGACCGCGUCCUGCGUGCCCGGGAGAUUGCCAGCAUUGCCAACUGCUCCAGCGACAUGCCAGGCAACGUCAUCCCCUGGGUGGACAACAACGUGGACGUGUUUGGGGGCGCGUCCAAGUGGCCAGCGGAGACCUGCGAGGAGCGACUCCUGGACUUGUAGUGGCCCAGCCUGGCCGGACGGGGGGCCACCGUGCCGCCCGCCCCUGCACCCCCAAUUCUUUCCAGCUCCCUGUGGGGGGGCCGGGAGAGC